AUGGCGACACACUCUUCCAUCCAAGACCGCACGCCCGAAUUCCGCUCCAUCCUCACCCAAGCUCAGAAAUCACUCGCGCGCCAACGCAAAGCAGGAGGCGCUCAGUCGCAACCACUCUUGCCACACCAGAAUGGCACCGCGACACCACCUACGCGAAAACAGCGGUCCGAGUUUGCGCGCAGUGCCGCGGGCAUUGGUAGAGGCAUCAGCGCGACAAUGGGCAAACUUCAGAGAUUAGGGGAACUGGCGCGGAAGAAGUCACUCUUCGACGACCGGCCUGUGGAAAUCGCGGAAUUGACCUUCGUCAUUAAGCAAGACCUUGCGGGCCUCAAUCACCAAAUUCAGCAAUUGCAGCAGUCGCAAAAAGCCAUGAAUGCGCAGGCCACUGGUGUGGCGACGCAAGAGGGAGAGCACAACAAGAACGUGACCGUGCUGCUUCAGGGCAGACUGGCGGAUGUCACGGCCAGCUUUAAAGAGGUGCUCGAAGUCAGGACGCAAAACAUCCAAGCAUCGAGGCAAAGGCAGGAGAAUUUCGUGGGAGACGUGUCGCGACAAACACAUGCCGAGAGACUAGAUCCGGGACGAACCGAUUCUCCCUUAUAUCAGACACCUUCACGUGGCAGAAGCCCCAAACCUGCUCAAUCUGGACCAUACUCCACUGGAGCCGAUGUUCUCAGCUUGGAACCCAGCAGCUCCUCGGCUCUAUAUUCUGGCACUGGUGCGCCCAUGCACAUGAACCAGUCUCAGCUUCAGAUCAUGGAAGAAGGCUCAACCUCCAGCGCAUAUCUGCAAGAGCGCGGUCAGGCUAUAGAAGCGAUUGAGCGCACAAUCAACGAACUCGGCGGUAUUUUCGGCCAGCUUGCGCAAAUGGUCAGCGAGCAAGCGGAACAGAUCCAACGAAUCGAUGCGAAUACCGAUGACGUGGUCGACAAUGUCGAAGGUGCGCAACGAGAACUCAUGAAAUACUGGAGCCGCGUACAAGGCAACAGGUGGUUGAUUGCCAAGAUGUUCGGAGUGCUCAUGAUUUUCUUUUUGUUGUGGGUUCUGAUUGCAGGAUAAACGCUUUCGCUCCGCACAUACCAUUCGCUGUCUUGAUCUGGGAAUUUUGGAUGCAUAGCGCAGGCGGCCUUUGAAAGGCUCAGAUAGGACGCGCUCACAGCAAAAACUAUAGAGCAUAAAGCGGCAUUUCGGAGUCGCAUUCUGGAAUUUGGAGAAUUCGCUGUUGUUGGCUACUGUACAGAUGUCUUGAAUACCUAACUAACUAAUAUCAUGUAACGCGCUGGUCGUCUACUCACACUUCAAAUCACGCAUCGCAGCACCUACAUCAUCAAUCACGUACGUGGAUGUUACUCCUCACAUAUUGACGGAGACGGAAUCGGAAGUGAAUCUUGAGCUUGAGCUUCCGAUAAAGCAUCACGCGCCAGUCAACAAUUCGAAUCAUGACAUGGCCGCUUCUGUACGAGGAACACAGAACUGCUAGAUCUGACGAGCAGGACACACCCGAGAC